AUGAAUAGCACAAGAGAGGCGAGACGAAAUCUCUGGCUGUUUGCUGCGCUUUCGCCAAGGUUCGAGCGAACGCUUCAAUGGUUUCGUGCGCACGACUGCACAGAGAGCCAUCGCCUAACCCACUCCUGCUUCAAAGGACGCUCCGACUUCACGCAGACAGGCAUGCUCGUCUUUGACACGGAGGAGGAUCUCGAAGGGCUGAAUAAGGCCAUCGCAUGGCUCUACGACCGACGUAUACCCGUGGUGUUGAUGGAGCGACAGACGCGCAUCUUCCCGCUGAUCUUCGACAUGGACUUGAAGGUUACUUCACAGGACAUGCUCAACUCCGUGCCAAUGCGCAUAAAGCGUACGAGGCCCUGGCGAGGUCGUGUCGAUUUCUCACGCUGGCAUGGCGCCGACCACUUCGUCCUCAGCAAGGACAUGCUGUUGCUGCGGCAUCUGGGCAUGAUUGUCUUCCAAUUCUUUCCGGACCUUCCCCUCAUAGACUUCUGCAUCUUCAAUGCAUCGGGAUGGGACAGAGUCAAGGAUCUGGUCAAGGUGUCCCUCCACCUCGUAGCUCCGUACGUGCUGGUCACACCUGAUCGCCUGACUGCAAUUCGCGAGAGGAUGCUGGAGUAUUUGGGUGAGUGCUCAGAAGUUGACGGGCAUCCGCUCGCGGACCUGCUGCAAACCUAUCUCGAUGAGUCAGAGGACAACACUUGGGAGAAGGUCGUUGAUCAAACUGUCACAAGCGGCACGAAUGGUCUGCGCAUGCCGUACUGCGACAAGGCCCAGCGGAUCCUGAAGAGAGAGUUCGUGGACCGCAAGCGCCGGGGAGAGGUCUUCACGGAGCGGCAGCUCAUGGACCUCCAUGCUUACCUUAAAGAGGAGGCUGGUCGCCCUUGUCUUCCGGAGGGGAUCUUGCGGCUUAUCCCAGCCAAGCAUGCCGAGGAUGAGAAUGCGCUGCCGGAGGCGAAGUGGAUGUGCAAAGGGGAUGACCUGCCGAUCGACGAAUGGAUCCGUUUGGGAAGGCUCCGCUUGCCGAAGGAGACAGAAGAGGAUGCCUUGCAUGUUGGCACGCAUCAGGUGCCGCUACGCCUGGCGCCUUCCGUUAGCGCCGCCAGGCAUGAUGGGGGCCAUGGCAAGUGCCAUGGGGCACUUGGGAGGAAGGAGAGUUCGAUUCGGGAGGCCCAACGCCUUGGCGGCCUCCGCUUCGCUAUCAGUGCGCCUCUCAGCGACCUUUCGUGA